AUGUAAAUGGAUAAUUAAGAGUAGAAUUAAGUGGAGAAAUUUAUAGGAAAAUAUGAAGUAUUGAAUGUUAUAGGUAAGGGAACUUAUGGUGAAGUAUUUAGAGCUAGGGACCAAGAAACACACGAAAUAGUUGCUUUGAAAAAAACUAUAACUAAGCUUGAAAAUGAUGGAAUUCCAAGUUCUGCUUUGAGAGAAAUAUCUUUGCUAAAAGAAAUUAAUCACGAAAACGUUGUAGUAUUAAAAGAUAUAAUUAUACAAAACAACUUGCUUUACCUUGUUUUCGAAUUCUGUGAAAGCGAUUUAAAGAAAUUUUUAGAUUCAAAGACUAAAGUAGCAGGAUAAUUCCUUGAUGCCCUUACAAUUAAAAAAAUAGUUUAUCAGAUAAUUAGAGGUGUUGCAGCUUGUCACACAAGGAGAAUUAUGCAUAGAGAUCUCAAGCCAUAAAAUAUUUUGAUUGAUAAAAAUGAAGUAGUAAAAAUCGCAGAUUUUGGUUUAUCUAGAACAUUUUGCAUGCCUAUAAGACCUUACACAAAAGAAGUUGUUACUUUAUGGUACAGACCACCUGAAAUUCUUUUAGGUGCAUUGGACUACUGUACUCCCAUAGACAUGUGGUCAGUGGGUUGCAUAAUGUAUGAAUUAAUUACAAGAGUGCCAUUGUUUUAAGGAGAUUGUGAGAUUGGAUAAAUAUUUAAAAUUUUCCAGAUAUUAGGAACACCUACAGAAAAUGACUGGCCUGGCAUUAAGGACUUGACAGAUUAUAAACCUACAUUCCCAAGAUUCAGACCUUAAAAGCUAAGUGAAAUGAUUGAAAACAUAUAUAAAAAGUAUAACUAAAACUCAGAAGUUGAUAUAGCUGCUGUUGAUUUGCUAUAGAGACUUCUUUGCUAUGAUCCUAUUAAAAGAAUAACUGCAAAGUCUGCUUUAAAUCAUCCUUAUUUCUUUGAUGUAAGAAAUCUUUUUGGACCAAUUUGA